UUUAAAAUCACUUCAAUUUCUUAUGGAAUAUGUGGGUCAAACACCGAAACUACUCUGCGUUGUGUGCAUUUGGACUAAUGCAGCUGUCGUUUUUCUCCCAGGGUCCCAGGCAGACACCGAGCCAGUUGUCCCACAGUCUGGAUCUCUCUGAUUUGUUCCUCUCCGAGCCCGGCCCUUGUGUUCCCCAGAAACCGGAGGCUAGGUCUAGAGGCCGGACCGGGUCCCUGAAGCUCUUCCGGCAGGACCGCCCCGCAGAAGGGCCGAGCAGGUGGCGCACUGUGCGAGGAGGCGUGCGCGGGGAUGCUGAGUGUGACCUUUGGGUGGGCAGGGCGACAGCCACAGCGUGUCUUCCCCAUUUCCAUCUGCAGCCGGCAUUCUCCUCUAACGAAGAGCUUUUCCUUCACCAACUGGGGAUGAUUACCGGCUGCACUUCUUCCUAAAGAGGAUGGCCGCUCUUCUCCUAAGGAGGCUGAUGUUACAAACCGUGAAGACGGAGAAUAACUGCGUCACACGUCUUGGUACAUACGCCCUGCACAGGACCGCACCAGCGCUGCCGUCCCCCAGAGCCUCUGUCCCCACGCCGUCCUGCCCGAUUCACACAGAAGCUCUCGGCACCGUGGCGGACGCCCAGGACGAAAGGAAGAAGAAAAAGAAGAAUGACUCAGACUUCAGCAACAUCGGAAGGAAGAUUCACGAGCGAGUUAUCCACGUGCUGGAUGAGGCCGGCAACGACUUGGGGCACAUGCACCGAGCAGACGUGAUCCGGCUCAUGAACGAGCGCGACCUGAGGCUCGUGAAAAGGGACAGCGGCGCGCAGCCCCCGCAGUACCAGCUGCUGACGGGGGUGCAGAUUCACGAGGAGCGCCUGCGGCUUCGGGAGUCGGAGAAGGCCCACCCGAAACCCGUGCCUACGCUGACAAAGGAACUAACUUUUUCUUCAAAUAUCGGACGACAUGAUUUGGACACAAAGAGUAAACAGAUUCAGCAGUGGCUUGAGAAGAAAUACAAAGUUCAAAUUACCAUAAAGAAAGGGAAGAACGUCGAGGAGCCGGAAAAUAAAAUGGAGGAGAUGUGUCAUCAGAUACUCCAAACCGUGCCCGGAAUAGCCACCUUCUCGACCCGGCCACAGCCUGUUAGGGGAGGGCGGGCCGUAAUGUGUGUUCUGCGUCCUCUGAGCAAAAAGGAAGAGCAUGCGUACAGAGAGGCUCACGGGACCCCAAAAGAGGACACUCUGAACAAAGAGAACAGAAAAGACAGAGAAUCCGAUGUUGUGCAUCCGUGAUUUUAAUAAAGAGAAAUGUGCCUCUGAGAGGAGGUAACUG